AGAAACAGCCACGACAUCUGUCUGCGGUUGUUUUCCAGCCAUCGGCAGACACUACAUCCGCGAAGAGAACAGUGAACUAACAGAAACUGUAGCAAUAAUGGGAAAACGAAUGCUAUUGCGUGCGAUCGUAUUGAUCGGUAUCUCUCUUGUCUCUUUCUUGCCUGUUGGAGCAAAUGAAGAAGCCUCGGACGAKUUUCAUAAYCAUCGYGUAAGUACUAGACGGAGUGAAAUCGCGUGAUGAAUCGGUAGCGGGUUCCAUUUGUUUGAUUGGACUGUGGGAUAGAGAGGAAACAGUGCAAACGGUGUUCGGUACCAACCCGAGACAAAAUCAACCUUAUCUUUCGCCUUACUAACGCAAAACUAUGACUGCACCUACAACAACUGUUUGUCAGUACUUKCAGGCUGGCGGUCGCUCAUGCUCUCGCUUCAAGAAUUGCAAGAAGUGCCUAARGRUAAGGAAMGGAAUGAAUUGCGCAUGGGCAGUCUCCGGUUCGUCUUCUAAWUGCGUUGACGAAGCACAAUGCGACAGCAACGAAGAAGCAAAAUGCAUUACGAACGAAACGCCCUUUGGCUGUGGAGCCGCUUGCGAAACAAUCAUCGAUCGAGAUGGUUGCGACAACUGUGUCACAAUGAASGGUGUCGCCUGUGCGUGGUUUGUUCAGGRAAAUGUMUCCCUACGGUGCAUCGGGAAGGAACGGUGCAGCGACAGAGGAUUCGAAGCAGGAUCUUGCAUCAUAAGCAAAAGAAAGAAAARACUGACAUGCGAGAAAAUCAACAGAAAGUGCAAACAGAUAAAGAAUUGUACAGAGUGCUUAACCUUUCGUAGUAGUAGUAGGAGAGGGACAAACUGUGCUUGGUGGCACAGCCAAGAUGGCAGCGUUGCACAAUGCGUCGGGUUGGAACAAUGCAGCAACAAGGAGUCGGGCACCUGCAUUCAACGAAAAGCCUUUUCGACAGAUGAAUCUGUAUCGAUUGAGGAGAGUUGCGAAAUCAUACCACCACCGUCACUAUCUUGCUUGGAUUUCUUGAAUUGUGAGGAGUGUUCCAAGGAGGAAGGCUGCUUCUGGAAUCAGGACGCGUACGGCGACAAGUGUGGUUUUGGUCGUGGCGCUUGCCGUAGCGAAGUAGGAGUAUACGUUACUCCGGACAUUGAUGUUGACCCUGAUGUUGACAAUACCGAAACCUGCCCUGUSCUCCCAAAAUGUGAUACUCAGUUCCCCAACCUCGAAAACAUGCUUGCCACAGAUGCGGUGGAAUAUUUGGAAAAACAAUACGGCAAGGGAACGCUUUGCGUCCAAGUUCUCGGAGAGAACGACUUUCAUACCGAGGAUUAUCGGUGCGAUCGGCUUCGUCUGUUUGUCGAUAACGAAACCAGAACAAUCGUCGUCAAAAUACCCCAGAUYGGUUGAACAGACAAGAUGGCGCGACACGAAUCAGUCUAAUCCCCAAAAUGGCAGUUGCCGUUUCCAACACGGACAUUGCACAAUCAAUGAUUACCAGAUGAUAUAUGGUACGAUCUUUCCAAUCAGAGGGUUGGUUCAGAGGUGAACGUUAUAACUGAUCAAUCAUUUAAAUGCCGACACCAGAACCAGYUCAUCCAUGGAGGAGGAAGAAGAAAAAAGCAUCUGAAAAAAGUAUWACCCUGUGAUUAAAAUUAGUCAAUUCUU